AUGUGUUGCUUCAGCAAGUAUAUGCAUGUUGGCUCAACAAUUAUCUACCUCGGUCACCCCACUCACAUGGUUCAGUCUUCUGAUCUUCUAAACUAUUUUGUUUCUUGUCAUCAAUGGGAGCAACUCCCCCCAGGAUAUACCACAGAGAAACCUCAGGCGUUACACGAUCUUGCUGAGUUGGAGGCAUGGUGGGAGGAGGCUGAGAUAAUCGCCCAGGGCCGAGCUGAUGAGCUAGACGAUGAGUCUGCUGGCAGAAAAGAGUCUGCCCAGGAAGCUGUUCAAGUAGAGUCAGGCGGUGAGAAAGGCGCAAAGGAGGAGGACCACCAAGCAGAGUCAAGGCCCCAAGCAGGUCAAAAUGGUGAAAAGGGCUAUAGAUCAAGUUCUUGCAGGUCAGCUAGCGACGAGGCAAAGGUGUGUCAAUGUGAAUGGGCUUUCAAGAACAGGGGACAGGGCCAUGACAAGAUGGAUAACACGGAAGAAGAGGAGGAUGAUGAGACUUUCUUUGUCCAAGGUCUGAUUAGAACCAAUACUGAAAACUGA